UGCGCGCUGGAUGAGCCCAUGCCCGGCUGGAUGGACAACCUAAACGGCUUCGCCAUCUUCUGGGCGGUGGUGAGCAAGGGUGUGUUCAGGAUCCACUACACCAAGGACAUCGAGAUGCAGUUCGACUUGAUACCCGUGGACACCGUCGCCAAGCUGACGAUCCUUGCCACCUGGGCCAAGGGCACCGGACUCCUCGUGCACGAGCCCGGCGAAACCUACGUGCUCAACGCCACCGUCGGGGACGUGAAGCCGUCCACCUACAGCAUGAUGCAGACCACGUUCAGGAGGAACCUGGAAUGGAAGAGGACGGCGUACCCAGGAGUGGUGCGCUUCCCGGACCACUUAGUCGUCAGCAACAAAUUCGUCUACUACGUCCUCGAGCUGUUCUACCACACCCUCUUCGGCGCCAUUGUCGACACCUUGCUCUCCGCGUUCGGGCAAAAGCCACAGUUGAUGCCGACCUAUAGAAAGAUCGCAGGUGCGUUCGCAGCUCUGUCUUACUUCCAAGAAACCGCCUUCACGUUCGAAAGCGACAACAAAUGGCGACUUGUGGCUAUGCUGCACCCGCGGGAUCGCAAAGCAUUCAGCUUCUUCGACGAGCGGGGCGAGCUGGGCCACUGGGACGACAUCUCGAGGGACCAGCUGCUGGGCGUGUGCAGAUACGCGUUAAAGGAGCCAAUCCGGGGCCAGGAGGACCUCGACAAGAACUACAAGCUCGUGAGAAUAUUUUGGUGGUUGGAGGCGUGCUGGUACUUCUUUUUGGCCGCGGUAGCAGUCUGGAUUUUGGCGAGGAGGUUCGGCUGAGUGGACUCGGUUCACGCCAAGAAGACCCGCAGCUGAUACUGGGCACUCGACAAACUCAUGAGUCCCAUUUCUUCGGGAGACGUUUUCAAACUAACUAAGAAAGUCUUUUUUCGUAUGUAGUGAUUUAUGCGUAUGGAUUUAUGCACGAAGUCAGACAUAAAUGUGUAUAAUUUUGUGCAUUGACUAACAAAAAAGUAUACAUUUAUAGUUAAUGCACAAAAUUUAACAGAUCUCUGUUUGAAUAUGUACAUAAUUAAGCUCGCUUUGGUGCAUAAAUCCGUGCGCACGAAUCACAUCAUACGACAUGUCAGCAGAAGCAGUAACUGGUGACACAUGUAACGUCGCAUUAGGUGUUUGACUGAAUAUGGGGCUGCGUCCGUCCCCAACGCAGCGUAUUGCCCGUCGCUCACCCUGGGCCGGGCGCACAAGCUGACCUUGCUGACCUUACUUGUCCCCCCUAUCGCCCAAUGCAAGGUCGGCGGUACUAUAGAGGAAGGCCGUAGUCUCUGCCGUGUCUGGCAUACGAUCCUACGCGGGGGUUAGAGUGCACUUCAAAAUUUGCGUCACUACGAUAUCGUAAAAAAAUUUAGACGCGCAUUUUUAUGCUGAAAUAACGACGCGCCCGUCCAGUUCUUUAUUUAUAUUCCAGGUGGCUGACUCACGCCGCGCACUUUCGUAGUUAUACUGUACCGCAUGCACGCGUGCGGGCGGGUUGCCUACUCGCACGGGGCUGUAAGGAGCCGUGGGCAGCGUGAAUGCAAACCCGCCCGCACCCCUGCAUGCGGUACAGUGUAACUACGAAAGUCUGCAGAGUGAGUCAGCCACCUGGUAGAGAGAGCGCUGAACUGGAAAACAAAAUCAUUUGUAUUAUUGACCAAAAUAUGAUCGAUCUGACGUUGACUCGACCAAUACUUGCUAUCGGCUCAUAUUGCAAGGGUCAUGUUGAAUGAAAAAAAAAAGACAGGAAAAAAAUGGAAGAACUGAAAAAAAAAUUGCCUUUA